AUGAAAGGGAUUUCAGAGAUGCUGCAGGCGGUGCUUCAGGCUCUUGGUAGAGCCGCGGGCCUCAUGCCGAGCAGCAAGGCGAGAGAUGCUCAACUGACUCGCCGACCCUCGUGGGCUGAGAGCAGCAGCUUCAAGGACAUCCACGAGAGCGUCAAGAAGGUCUCGCCAGACAAGAGCCUCGCCAUCGCCACCAAGCACCUCCCGCUAGGAAGCGUCUUUCGCUGCUCCAACACCAUCGCUGCCGCCCUCUCCUUCACCAUCUUCCAGCUGUUCUACACCUCUGUUGGGGUUCUUGGCCUCUACGGCCUCGCCAAGGAGAAGGUGUGGUAUGGCAUGAGCGGGAGAGCUCUGUCAUCCUCCAAGUUCAGCUUCACCAUCCUCGAGACGAGAUCUGCUCAGAUCCGGCACUGGUCUGACCUGCCGGCUUGGGGAGUCAGCAAAGAAGGGCACUUGCUCUCCCACAACCACUCGCAGGCUGUGAAGCUGCGGGAGGACGGGGCGGUCACCCUGGAGCUUUCGCUGGAGGAUCCGAUCGAUUUCGAUGGCUGGUUCUUCAACACGUCUGCGUCGCGUCCUCCCGAGUACGACCCCGUCAAGUUCAAGUUCCACUACUGGACGGGCGACCGCUGGCAGGCUGCUGGGUCAUCCUCGGACAUCGACUAUGCAGGCUCAGUCAUCUACCUGGACGGCUACUUCCCCACCAGCAGUGCCCGCGGGUCUUGUCACACCUUCUCGAUCUACAAGCCAAUCCCAGUGCGAACUGUGGACUUUCUCUCCCGGCUCACCUCCUACUCGCUCAUCGCGACCGCUGGCUUUCUCGCCGUCUUCAAGAGGAACUUUCUAGCGCAGCACAUCAGCCUCCUGGUUCACCCCUCCAUGGUCGUCCUCUUCUCCUUCGAGGCCCUCUCCACCUCCCCGCUGGACGUCAGCUGGUCGACGCUGCGAGCCUUCGUGCUGGUGGUUCUCCACUCGAUCCACUCCAUCAUCAUGCUGCAGAACGAGAUGUCCAACAACUUCAUCUGGCGCGGGUGCUACCUCCUCCUCUUCGGCCUCUGCACGGCUGGACGAGACUUCUUCGGCCCCAAGGACUGCUCUUCCGAGUGCAUCCGCAGCGGCAGCAUCUUUUUCUUCCUGGGCACCUUAUUCAAGAUCCUCGGGUGGCACUCCAAGUUAUCGGCCAUCAACUCAGUGAAGGAGGACGCGAGGAAGUACAACCUCAUGUGGGAGGAGCUGAUGCUUCGCCCGUCCACCCUCAUGCUCGUUCGCAAGCUCGAGCACACCUGCGAGAUGCUCGAGAGCGUCGCGCAGGUCAACCGCGUCGCCGACCUGCCGAGGAGCGCGGUGGUGUCAGCUCUCUUCCAGCACAUCCAAAGGCGGUGCAGGCAGCGAGACGCGCACGGACAGCUGGUGAGGGAGCUGGAGACGCUCUACAUGCAGGCCCAGCAGCUCCAAGUUGUUCUCCGCUCCAAGGUGCUGCAGUGGGCGGCCAUCUCCGACGGGUACCUGAGGGCAGUGAAGGGACAGGGGGGAGGGGGGGGGCUGGUGUCGGUGCGGGAGGACCUGGACAAGAAGAGCAUCGGCUGGGCGAAGCUGAAACGAGUGGAUCGGGCGGUAGAGAAGAUCAUGAGAUGCUACGGGGGCGAUGUGUCAAUGAUCGUCGAUAUUUGCCGUCAGGACAUCGUCUUCGACGACGUCCAGCAGAUCAUCACCUGCCUCCGCGCCAUCACCAACGACAGGGACGUGCACAUGCUGGGGGUCAAGAACUCGCUCUCGACCAAGUUUGACUCGAGCAGGAGCGCGGGGUACCGGCACGUGGCCCUCUACUUCAACAUCAGCAACAAGGAGACCAUCGCAAGCCGUUGCUCGCGGCACGUGUGCGAGCUGCAGCUGGUGCUGUCAAAGUUCUACAACCUGAAGAGCAGCGAGGGGCACCGGCGGUACAUCUGCUUCCGCAACCUGAUGGGGGAGUGA